ACAAGGAAGGGAGACUAUAUAUACAUAUGUGUUCUGAAGAAUAAACCAUUGCAAAAAACAAAUAAAAUGAAUAUGGAGGGAAGCAAAGCACCAAUUAUCUAUCUCCUUUCUCUAGUCCUCUUUUUCUCUGUCGUACCAUCCAUUUUAGCACAAGAAGUUGAGGAUGAGAGGGAAUUUAAUUACAUGAAAGGAAGCGAAAGAGGACCGGAACACUGGGGGGAACUCAGGCCGGAAUGGGGGAAUUGUAGCACCGGCGAAAUGCAGUCCCCAAUUGAUUUGUGGCAUUCAAGAGUCAAAGUUGUCCCAAAAUUUGAGGAAAUUACCAGGUUUUACAGACCAAGUAAUGCUUUACUAAGAAACAGAGGUCAUGAUAUUGAGCUGGAGUGGGAGGGUGAAAGAAGUACAAUUGAAAUCAAUGGGACUCGAUACAUCUUACGGCAAACUCACUGGCAUUCUCCAUCAGAGCAUACAAUCAAUGGAAAGAGGUAUGACGGGGAGCUACACAUGGUUCAUCAAAGCAGAGAUGAGAAGAUUGCUGUAAUUGGACUUCUUUACAAGAUUGGCAAACCUAACCAUUUUCUUUCAAAGCUAGAAAAUCAAGUGAGAUUAAUAUCUGAGACAACACUGGAGAUAAAUGUUGGUGUAGUAAACCCAGCAAAGAUCAAAAUGGGGGGAAGGAACUUUUAUAGGUACAUCGGCUCACUCACCACGCCUCCCUGUACUGAAGGUGUCCUGUGGACUGUCAACACUCGGAUUGGAACUAUUUCACAAGAGCAACUAGAUUUGCUGAGGGAGGCUGUUCAUGAUGACGCUGAGAGAAACGCAAGACCCUUGCAGCCCAGUAACGGAAGGAAGAUGAACCUCUACACACACAUGAUCAAGAAUCGUCAACAAUAAAGGACCCCUCAUUACUCAUACCGUUACAUAAUAAUCACCCACCCAUAAUUACUUCUACAUUCCAUAGCACGACUACAUUAUUACGACUAGUACUCAUUCCCUUCACACAUUUUUUGAACGAUCUUAGUACUCAUUAUACAGAUUAACGUUAGAUUAUUUGUAACCAUUGGAGAUGUUGCUAUUCUACAUUAUUUGAUUGAUUAAUACUUAAUACAUUA